AUGUUCGGUCGCAUUGGAGGUCACGCUCUUCGCUGCGCUGGACGCCCAGUGAUACGACGGAGAAUAUAUGCUCGCAGCUUUUCAGGGCAGGCUGGUGCCGGUACUGCUGCAGCAUCUGCCCCUUCACCUUUAGCAGGAAUCACCGCGGAGCUAGAUCGCAUUGCUCCCCGGUUCGAAGUACCUGCGUCUCAGAUUCAUAUCAUUGAUACUCCCGCAAAUUUCUAUUCUACACUGAAGAACAAAAUCCGCAAUGCCCGCCGGCGCGUUUACCUCUCCACAUUGUACAUUGGCAAGACAGAAUAUGACCUCAUCGAGACAUUGAGCCAUGCUCUCCGGGACAAUCCAAAACUUAAGGUUUCGAUCCUCACGGACGCUCUUCGUGGCACUCGGGAGACCCCCGAUCCUUCAUGUGCCUCGCUCCUCUCCACGCUGGUGGCAGAGUACGGCUCGGAGCGAGUCGACAUUCGAAUGUUCCAUACUCCCAAUUUGACGGGUCUAAGGAAGGAUUGGAUUCCUCGUCGUAUCAACGAAGGCUGGGGCUUACAGCAUAUGAAGCUGUAUGGAAUCGACGACGAAAUCAUUCUGUCGGGCGCAAACCUAUCCGAGGAAUACUUCACUAGUCGUCUCGAUCGAUACCAUGUGUUCAGCUCGAAGGCACUUACCGAGUACUAUGCCAAAAUUCACCACGCUAUCUGCAGUCUCAGCUUCCAAGUGCUACCAGACCCUCAAGAUGAAUCCAACUAUGUAUUGGAAUGGCCUACCACGAAUGGAGCCCCAUCUCCUCUGGACAGUCCUCAGGAUUUCAUCGCAUAUUCUUCGACUUAUCUCAGUCCGAUCAUCCAGGCUACUGAAAAUGAGCCUGCACGUCCAUCUGAAGCAAGCCAGACCUAUGUAUACCCUGUCUCACAAUUCACAUCCCUUCUGCAACCCAACGACACCUCUACCGAAUUCCCCGCCGUGACCACAGUUUUGCGUCUUUUGUCCAGCUCAUCGGCAUUCACUGGUGCUCGUUGGCUCUUCACGGCAGGAUACUUCAACAUCCACCCUGUUCUCUCCUCCCUCCUGAUCUCCAGUACCACUACCGCCUCGAACACUCCUUCCACCACGCAAGGCACUGUUCUGACAGCCUCGCCAUGGGCAAAUGGAUUCUAUGGCUCCUCUGGAAUCUCAGGGAUGCUACCAGCCGCAUAUACACACCUCUCGGCUCGCUUCCUUGACCGUGUUGCUGCAGCACAGGCCACCAACUCCAUUCAGCUCAAAGAAUGGCGCAAGGGAACUGUUGGCACGCCAGGUGGGUGGACCUACCACGCGAAAGGUCUGUGGGUUACACUGCCGCGCGAAGAACACCCCAGCCUCACUUUCGUCGGGAGCAGCAACUACACCAAGCGCAGCUACAGUCUGGACCUUGAGGUCGGUGCGCUAGUGGUAACCAACGAUCAGGAUCUCAAGCGCAAACUCGGUGAAGAGACCGAACGGCUUCAGAAAGACGCCAGUCCUGUCUCGAGAGAUGAUCUGAGACGAACUGAGCGACGUGUCGGGUGGAAUGUGAGACUUUCCAUGUGGAUCGUGGAGAAGGUUGGUGGUGCCUUUUAA